GAAUAACCAAAUAAAUAGUGGACGCUGACUCACAAACAGGCUCGUAGUUGGUUUCUCACCGCCGGAUUACGAUUUCUCUACCUCCGUCACCAAAAUCUCCGACGAUCGACUCUCACGAGAUUAAUCAUCCUCCCAGAAAUCAGCGAUUUCCUUAUUAUAAGAUCCUACAAAGUCAGGUGCUUUGGUCUUCCACUUUUGGUCAAUGGACACAAGAGAGCAAGCAGAGGUUACAAAGAUUGAAAGUGAUGACAUUUCAUCGGUGGAGAUCAAAGUGUUGUUAUUCGCCAGAGCUCGUGAGUUAACGGGCGUGCCUGAUCUAACACUGAAGAUGCCAUCAGGUAGCACAACAAAGAAAUGUAUGGACGAGUUGGUGAUUAAGUUUCCAAGGUUAGAGGAGGUUCGUGGCUGCGUGGUUCUUGCUUUGAACGAGGAAUAUACAACUGAUUCCGCCAUUGUUCAACACAGAGAUGAGUUGGCCAUUAUACCUCCAAUAAGUGGCGGUUAAAUGCAAUUGCAAAUGUAAAUCCUGCUAUUGCCAAUAAUCUAUAUUGUAACAGUUAAAGAUUUGAAAACUUGUUCUACAGAAUACAACACAGAGACUAUCUGUCUUUUAAGGGGAAAUAAGUUACAUCAGUUCUACUGAA